AUGGCGCCGCGCAGAGAGCACGCUGUGGCGACUGUGUUCUCAACGCAAGUGCGAUCGCAUGAUCAAAAGUCGAUAGUGGUCGAAGCUGGGGGGUUUACGCCGACGAGAUGGUUCCUGGAGCAUGGAUCACGGCCAGUCGCAAACGAUGAUGAACAAGGUCCGCCAAAGAAGCGCAGGAAGAUUGAACGCGACCACAAAGAGGCCGAUGACCCAUCGACUGCACUGGAGCACAUUCCCCUUGCUCAGGUCGCGAUCGACUUCCACUUUCCACAGACAGCGCAUUCGCGUGGCGCAUCCGAUCAGAGGAUCCUCGAUGAUGUCGACUAUACGGACAUGCCACAGCUGGAGGUUGCGCUUGUCAGUGUCGGGGACGACGAUCAUGGUGUCAAGUUGCGCUUGUCUACUCCAGGAAGCAGGCAGUCUGUAUUGAUCCUCGAGUCGGAUUCAAUACCACAGCACACUCUUGAGUACCUCCGCAAGUUGGCGAUCCCUGGCUACCAUCUAGCAAACGCUCCAUACAGAACACGAAGCGCAGAGCAACCGGCCACGAUCACUAAGUGCACGUUGACCCGAUCGAGUGGUCAGCUAUACACUGUCAUCAGAUUCGCGGCAACACUCUCAUGGCUGGAUGGUGCUUCCGCUUUCACUGCAGGCGCGCCGACUGGCACUUCCAGGAUCUAUCCGGACGAGGACUUCCUACUCGAGGCAUUCCCAGAUCACAGAAAAGCGGCUGCGAACCUCGACGACCAGCCAUGGACUCCACAGGAUUUCUACGAAAGCGUACAUGUGCCUCCCAAAGACGCCAGCGUAGAGGGCUACCGGGAUGUACUUGAUGUUGAUCUGUACCCUUUCCAGAAGCGAGCAGUAUCUUGGAUGAUUACACGUGAAGGCGCAGGCGAAUCCACUGGCAGCCCUCAAAGUGACUUCUACACCUCGGUACAGGAUCUCAACGGUGACGAAUGCUUCGUGGAUCAUCUCCAGGGCAUAGUGUCACGCAAGCUGCCAGAUCAAGAUGGCGCGCUCUCAGGUGGUCUGCUUGCAGAGGAGAUGGGCCUGGGGAAGACGGUCGAGCUCAUGGCACUUGUUUCGCUACACAACAGAACCUCUCUGUCCCCGAACAAGGUUCUCGACUCGGCUUCAGGCACUCAGGUCAUACAAUCACGAGCAACGUUGAUUGUCACGCCUGCCUCGAUCUUGCAACAGUGGCAAAGCGAGCUCAGCCGCCAUGCCCCACAUCUCAACGUGUACCACUAUCAAGGCAUUCCUGGCAGCAAGAAGAAGGAUCCAACCGUCGACAAUCUGAUGAAGGAACUUGCAACGAGCUACGAUGUGGUCCUGACGACAUAUGCCGUGCUGACACGUGAGGUGCAUUUCGCAGAAGAUCCGCCAGCGCGCAAUAUGCGACACGCGCCGAAAUUCAAGAGAAAGAGAAGCCCACUGGUCCAGCUUGAAUGGUGGCGUAUCUGUAUCGAUGAGGCGCAAAUGGUAGAGUCCGGCGUGACCAGCGCAGCUCGUGUAGCGCGCCGGCUGCCGAGAGUACACAGCUGGGCGGUAACCGGCACACCAUUAAAGAAGGACUUUCAAGAUCUCCAUGGUUUGCUGAUAUUCCUCCGCUAUGCACCAUUGAGUGAAAGCGCCAAGCUUUGGAGCCAUCUCGUCUGGAAGCACAAGCACUUGUUCCGCCACGUCUUCGGGAAGGUUGCGCUCCGGCAUACAAAGGCGCUUGUUCGCGAAGAAUUGCGACUACCACCACAGAAGCGCGUGGUCGUGACAGUGCCCUUCUCUGUGAUCGAGCAGCAGCGAUACACGGAGUUGUUCCAGGAGAUGUGCGAAGAAGUUGGCCUCAGUGCAAGUGGCGCACCGAUCACAGAUGGUUGGGAUUCCAAGCAUGAGAGCACGCUCUCGAGUAUGCGAUCUUGGCUCGUUCGGCUGAGGCAAACUUGUCUACAUCCGCAGGUUGGUGGAAAGAACCGAAAGGCUCUGGGAAGAGGAAACGCGCCCCUACGCACAGUCGCCGAAGUGCUCGAUGUCAUGAUCGAGCAGAAUGAGACGACCUUGCGCGUUAAGGAGAAAGACGUCAUCACAGCAGCAUUGAAGCAUGCUCAUAUAGUUGGCAAUAAUGGACAGGACGACCACCGCAGCGAGCAAGCGCUCAACAUCUACAAGGGCGCCUUCGCUACUACGCAAAAGAUGUUGGAAGAUGCGAGACAACAACUCGAUAACGCGAAAGCAAGCCGCGCCAAGGAGACCGACGGCGACACCGAGACAGAGGACGAAUCUUCAGACUCUUCGCAAGCACUGUCGCGUUACCGUGUUGCUUUUCGAGAGGCGCUCAAGCUUCAUCAUGUGUGCACUUUCUUUACAGCAACUGCGUACUACCAGAUCAAGACUAAUGAAGCACUGACUCUGGAGGGCUCGGAUCAAUUCAAGCGGCUCGAGGCGAAAGAGAUUGAGCUCUAUGACAUCGCCAAAGCGUUGCGAAGGAAUAUUCUCAUCGACAUCUCCCGAAAAGCUGAAGGCUCCAUGCAGCAGAUCAAAGACCUCGAAGGUCAAGGUACGGCAACGAAGCUGCCGAAGAUCAAAGACUUGGUAAGUCUCGGUGGCAUCGAAAGUCGCAAGAUCGUCGAGAAAGCCGAUGAUCUGUUCGACGUCAUCCGCCAGCAGGCGAAGGUCAUACAGAAUUGGCGUUCAAAGAUGGCAGAAUACCUCACGAAGCCACUUGUUGAUGAGGAAACUGAUGGCGUAGAGACCACUGGUGAUGAGUAUGAAGAUUCUACGAAGCAACAGGACGAACUCUAUGUCUACUUUGACGCGCUAAAAGCAAUGCACGCCGAUCUGAAUACCCUGAUCACCGGUGAGACAGCGCCACUGAUUGACAUCGAAGUGAAGGGUCUCGUGAGAGCAGCCAAGACAUACCUUAACCCAGAGACACCAGAAGAGCUGAGGCCGCAAGGUGUGCAUGCACCAGAGUUGGUGCUUGAGCUGUUUGGAACCCGGAACAAGUUCCAUGCACAGCAAAAGGAUGUCAGCUCCGUUCAGAGAUUGAUACAGGAAGCUCGUACCGUUGAGACGGUCCUCGACUAUCAUCAGACUGGAUCCCGUGCUGAGGCCGAGCAUACGAUUGUCAAGCAGUAUCUCACUGCGCUCCAAAGCAUCAGCUUGUCAUAUCGCAAGGUUCUAUUGGGUCUUGAAAAGGAGAUUGAGCUGUUUCGCACUACCCAAAACCAGCGAGUUGAGUUCUAUCGCCAGCUGCAGGAACUUUCCGAUGCUGUUCAGCCGUACAAGGAAGAGCUCGACGAGCAGCUUGACCAAAUUGCGUUGACACUCGCUAUGGAUUACGAAGAGCUCGCGGUUCAGGAGAGAGACAGACAUCGAUCGCGACAACGCUUUCUCUUAUCCAUGAAGGACGAAUCGGGAUCGCAGUCAGAGCCCAAGACUUGCAUUAUCUGCACCAAUACCUUCGAGAAUGGCGUGAUGACUGUCUGUGGCCAUCAGUAUUGCAAGGAGUGUAUCACGCACUGGCACAAGUCGCAUAAGAGCUGUCCGAUGUGCAAGCGCAAGAUCUCUCACAACGACAUGCACCCGAUCACACUGAAGCCACGCGAGGCACGUGCGCGAGAGGAAGUGCAGUCCGAGGCAUCGUCAGAUGGGUCCAGCUUGUCGUCGCCCUCUUCACAAUCGUCAAUCUACACCGAUGUGGAUUCAAAGCUCCUGGACGAGAUCAAGACCAUCGACUUGCCAACCUCUUACGGCACCAAGGUCGAUACGCUAGGUCGACACCUACAGUGGAUCCGGGAGCAUGACCCAGGCGCCAAGUCCAUCGUGUUCUCCCAGUAUCGCGAGUUCCUGGAUGUGCUCGGUACUGCGCUUAAGGAGUUCAAGAUUGGUUAUGCACGACUAGGACGAUCCGGUGCAGCUGAGAAGUUCCGAAACGAUCCCAGCAUCGACUGUUUGCUGCUCGAUGCAAAGACUGACUCUUCUGGCCUGACACUGGUUAAUGCUACCCACGUCUUCAUUUGCGAGCCUCUCAUUCAGACUGCUGUCGAGCUGCAAGCGAUUUCUCGAGUGCACAGAAUCGGACAAACGCGACCAACCACUGUGUGGAUGUAUCUGAUCACUGAUACUGUGGAGGAAGCAAUCUACGAGAUGUCAGUCGCUCGCCGCCAGGCUCAUGUCCAGGCACGACUGCAGUCUAAGAGAAGCGAAAAGUCUCGAUCAUCGACGCCGGCCCCGAUGCAGGAGAAUGCCAUUGAUGCCGCAAACUCAGAAGAGCUGCAGGCGGCACCGUUGACAAAGCUUCUGGUUCCUGGUAAGGGAGGUGGUGAGGUGGUUGGCAAUGGUGAUUUGUGGCAGUGCUUGUUCGGGAAGGCUCAGAAGGCGACCAGUACUGCUGCAGAGCAGGAACUCGGUCGUCAUUUGAGAGCUGAAGCUGCUGAGCAGCGUCAUGAGGCCUCGGCAGCGUAG